GUAGCAUUCUGCCGAGUGGAAGUAUCCUAGCAGAAGGACAGAAGCAGGCACAAUAAGGACUAGGAAUGAAAGACAACUCAGGUUAUCAGAGUUUCUCAACGAAUUGCAAAAUGGUGCUCCGCUCAGGCCGUGAAAAGCCAUACAGAGUGCCUACUUGUGGAAGGCAAAGAGUGAAAAGGAAAGUUUCGGUGAGCACCAGAUCAGCAGCUGCUGAAAACUCAGAGCUUCAACUGCGGAAAACACUGAGGUGCUUUAUACAGACUGAAGAUUCAAAAACUGUGCAUUUCAACUUAGAUGAAUGUGGUCGUCAUGAAAUAUCAACCAUGGAUUCACAACGCCCUGCAGAUACAGCAUGGUUAAGCCUGUUCACAAGCAAGGAGCCAGCAGUUAUAGGAAAAACAGACUCUAAAAAUGUGGUGGUCCUCAUGCAGCGAUUAAAGUGUAAUGAAUUUGUGCUGUUGAGCAAAGGUGAAGAUCAGCUCUGCCUGAAGGUUUUAAAGGGAUGCUGUUCCGAGCCAGAUCAUACUUCAGUGGCAAAAGGCAACAGGAGAACGUGCAAGAAGAGAGGUCUUGACUUCAAAAAGCUGAAGGAAGAUAAUCACUUUUUCAUCAUGCAUUCUGAAGGAGAUUCAGUGAAGUUCCAGUGCUAUGAAGACACAAAUUACUUUCUGCAUGUGAAUGAUCAUUCACUUGACAUACGCAAGCUGGAUCAUGAUGACCCUGAUGGGGAGAGAAACUUUGUCUUCAAGGUGACAUAUUUUUAGGAAAAUUAUUUUUUCUAUCUUUCAAUGGCCUGAGUGCCAAUACUGCUCUUAUCACAAUCUAUACAGAGAGGGCAAGAAGUUAAGGUUAAUUCAUUUCUAUUUUGCCUUAUUUUUACUUCUUUUUUUUUGUUGUUGUUUCAAUCACCAUUUUGCAUGAGUAAUAUCUUUUCUUUCUGUACUUACAAUAGGAAGAGAUAAUGGCUAAAUUUGAAAAACAGUAACUAAUCAGUCUCUUCAUAUAGUACCUGCACAAUUAUGGACUUCAGAAGCUGAAUUCUCCCUGAAGGGGAAAAGUACGUUGGGUAUGUUUCAAGGACAAGGGAAAAGGGAUCACACACAGGCACGGAAAAGCAUAGCUUUCCACAGUAUAAACAUUCCACUUUUAAAAAAUAUGUUUGUUAUAAGCUUAUCUGAACUUGCAGUGAACUUGCAUUUAGAAGUCAUUAAAUGCAUAAGUAUGUGUGCUGACCAAGUAGCUGUGGGAAAGCUGAGGAAAGUGUCCUCAUCUCAAGGAGAGCAGGGGAGGAGGUCACGGCUUGGCAGCUGGGAGAGUGCAUGCACUCAGCCUGGCAGCACUGCAGCCUCAUCUGGGCCCCAGGGGAAGUGCAGUCAGUGCUCGGCUGCAAAUUUCAUAAUGACUAAAUAAAUUUUUGUAAGUGAGUACGUGAACUGAAAAAAACACACACCACACCAGAGGAGCAGUAUGCAGCAAAGGGCCCUGUCAAUCAGGGUUGGACAUAAUGAUCUUAAAGGUCUUCUGCAACCUUGAUGAUUCACAAUUCUAGGAGGAAGAUGCUGCUCCUUAGAGCACACGCACUGUACUCUGCGAGGCACAAAACACAUUGAAUAGAAGAGGAAACAAACCACAGCUGUACACAUUAGGUGUUAGAAGUCUGGUUCUCAGUUGCUGUGCAUGCAGUCCCACUGCCAUUUGGUGGCACUUUUCUUUAACACAGUGCAUUUGGGAACACAUCUGUACGAAUGCUAGAUGUCAUGCACCUGUGCAAGGAGCUGUGGCUUAGCUGCAGUGAAACAGCAUACAGCAACAAUGCCCUGCCAGGGCAGUUCACUGCCGGUGAAUCCUAGCAUCAGUCAAUUCAAUUCAUGCACAUUACAACAAGGCAAUAUUAUAUUUCUUUCAGUAACAGCAGUGUGGUGCUUCACUGCUGGACUGCUGCAUUUGGAACAGCAAAAAUCAUUUUGUUGCUUCCACUGCUGAUAGAAGAGAUCUUCUGAGUACUGACCUGUGAGCAGUACCUGUGACUUCUAGAUCUGUUAAGUGUUCACUGAAGUCAGCAGGUGGGAAACAAACAAAAACACAAGAACAGCCCAAUCCCAACAACAAUGACAAUGAAAAAACCUACAUAGUUAAUGGAAAAUAUUGGUGAUAGUUGAAUGGUUGUACUGGAUGAUCUUAGAGGUCUUGGUGAUUCUAUGAUUCUACGCUUCUACAAUUCUAUAUUGACAACAUAUGUUACACAAGAAUUAAGUUAUUUAGAAUAAUCUAUUAUGCUAUACAAACAACAAAUUAAAUUGUGUAUUAGGUGCAAUAAUUUGACAGAGACAGUAACACCUGGCAGUCUGGUAUUUACCAAUGGUAAGGAUAUCACCUUACUCAGUCACAACAGCUGAUGAAAUUGCUACAACUCAUCACAAAGCUCGCAUGAAGCAUACUGAUAAAAUACCUCUGCUGAUGUCUGCAAAAAAUGUGUUCAAACUCCGUGAAUACUGAUUCUGUUUUGUAGUCAAAACUUAAAGUAUAGUUGUAAUGUAGAAUGCUGCAACCACCUACUUUAAAAACAAGAUUUUUUAAAACACUUUAAAGCCUUUUUGGAUACCAGCAGUGGUAGUUUUGUAAAGUUGUAGACUCGAGAUACAAAGUCAAAAUGUUGUUUGACAAUUUUUUUUUCAGAAAAUAAUAAAUUCAGCCAGCUCUGUGAUGAGAAAUCAGAUCAACAUUUCAUGGAUACUUAUCUUUCCCAGACUCUUACUUUGCACUUACAAAACCUGUCAACUGACGUUUUCAGCUUCCAACAAGUAACAGACAAGGGAGAAAGCAUAUAUUAGUUUUAUUUAGACAUAAAUACAAAACUAAUGCCAGUGAGUGCUUUUUAAAAAUAUAGCCUCCUUACUUUACAGUGGGGGAAAAAAACACAUGUUUAUCCAAUGUGUCUAACAUUUGAAUAUGAAAUAUAAUCACUACUAUGCAGUUUACUUUCAAAAUGAGGCUGAUAUUCUUAAACUUUUACUUUGCAGAUAUGAUAAUUAUUAAAAUAUUAAUAUCAAUAAAUUGGUUUUGCUUUUCUGCACUUCAAAAGCUGUGCCUAAUAGAAAAUAAUGGGUUCUGUUUGAUGGAAAAUAAUUUAAUACAAGUGUUCUUCAUAUGUAACUUCAUGGGCUUCUGGUACUUUGACCAUAUUUGUGACCUGCUAGAAUAAAAUUUGUAAAAGAAUAUCAUUCAAUAUAAAUAAUGUGAUUCUGAUGCUAGUUAAUCAAAAGGGGGGGGGGGAAGGAGGGAAGGGAGUAUAAAGAAGUGGUGACCAUACCUGCUUAGGAUCGAUGUGCUAAUUAAUCCGGAGACUGUGUAUCCCAAUGACAGGAAAUGGUCACUCACAGUAGAAAAAUGUUUAAGAUUGGCAAAAGGAUCACUGCAUUAAAGUCUGCGUAGGAUCAAUUGUUGUCCAUUAAAUCAUGAGACUGGUACCCAAUAUUGCUAUGCCUGAAAGAUAUGCCUUCUAUGCACUGUGUUACAUACUACUUUCAUUAUGGACAACUGUGAAUUAUGAACUAGAUAUCAAAAUCAGAAAUUGUUAGUCUAAUGAAUGUUUUUACAGUUGGAACAAAAGCUAACGACCUACCUUGAGUGCGGUUACAAUAGUACUAAAACUUGUAAAACUUGUAAUUAAUUCAAGUUAACCAUUUUCUACUAAAGGAACACUAUCAAAUAAUAUGUACAUUUCCAUUUACUCUGUUAAUUCUAAUCAGUAAUACAAUAAAGGAAUAGACAACGAUUCUCUCUCCUCCACUCUGCUAUGAAGUCCCCAGCCCUCUAGUUGUUCUUGUUGGAAGUCACCCUUUUUCUUUGAUGGGACAGCGUGAUGGCAUCACCAGUGCACAGAAUCACAGAACCAUAGGGGUUGAAAGGGACCUCUUGGGGAUCAUCACAUUCAACCCCCUGCCAAAGCAGGUUCCCUACAAAAAGUUGCACAGGGAAGCUUCCAGCUGUGUCUCAAACAUACACAGAGAGGGAGACUCCACAGCCUCCCGGGCAGCUUGUCUCAGGGCUCUGUCCCCCUCGCAGUAGAGAAGUUCCUCCUCAUAACGGUAUGGCACUGCCUGUGUAGCAGUUUUUACCACUUGCCCCUUGUCCUGUUGCUGCAUUAGAUUUCAAAAGACACAUUAGUAUAGGGAGACAUACUAAUACAUGAACCUCACAGUUCCCCACUGAGGUUGACAGAACACCGUUCUAUAUUCAGCAUAGAUUUCAGAUGCAUGCAGCACAUAUUUUUGAACUACAGUGUCCGCAUCAAUGGAGAUUUUACAAAAAAAACUGUCAUCCUGUCUUUGUUUCCAUUCAUCCGUAGUUUGUCUAACCGAAGAACUCACAGCAGGUUAAACGCUUCUGCAAUUUGCGUCUGCUGGGCAGCACUUCUCACAGCCCCUCUGCCGGCAGCAGCUCAGCAGGGCGGACUCCACAGCUCCGCUCCUCGGCGCUCCCGCCGCACUGCAGGGGCUGUGGGCGGGCGCUGUGGGCGGGCGCUGUGGGCGGGCCCACAAGAGUACACUGAGAUCCGACGGUCUCUGGCACCAUCUCCUGGUCUGCAGGAAUGCAGUGGGAAACUUCUACCCAGAUUUUACAUCAGCAAGCCGCCAAAAAGAUCUCAGCAGCAGAAAGCCGAAAACAUUCAGCUUUUCUUCACACAGCAGAACUAAUUUCCAACCGACACAAGGCCUAGAUCUUCUGUCUGGAGUGACUGAAGAAGGCUGGGAAGCAUGUCAAAGGAAGGAAGGGUUUCUCUCUAUUAGCAUGUUCAAGGCCACAUCAGGAAUACAAUUUUCACUUUUGGGUUUUCCAGUACAAACUGGAGCAAAGAUGAGGGAGACGCAGUGCAUGCCCAGGGCAGGCGAGGCCUGGGGAGAAAAACCCUGGAGAUGAGAAGGUUAAAAGUCUUCACCUGGAGGGGUUGUGGAGAGGACAGAACCAAGCUUUCCUUAGAGUGUACAACAGAAAGAAAACAAGCAGUAGUCACAAGUAGUAGCAAGGGCCAUUCUGUCUGUGAAUUACAAAAAUAAUCUGAAAAUCACAAGGAUACGUAUGUAGAAUUUCAAGCAGUCUUUGUGAGCUUUCUAACAUUUGACUGGACAAGGACACGUGCAGUCUGACCAAACACUGAAGGAAAACCUGCUUUGAGCGUGCAGCUUGGCAAGAUGAUCUCCAGGAGUUCCUUCCAACCUAAAUUACAUUAUAUCAUGACUCUCAGACAGCUUCCCCGUGUUACAACUGGCAGAAUAUUUAAUCCACACAGCAAAGUGUGCAGUGCAAACUAUGCAAACCACAUAAAAGAGCCACAGAGGAUCCACAUAAAAGCAAAUAAAAUGAAAUGUCUUGAUUUCCUCCCAAGGCACAGUGCAUUUAUGACUGCAUGUGGGCUUGAGCCUGAGGGGAGAUAAAAUCACUGGCAAAACAAUUGAAAGAUUCUGCAAAACUCAAAAUAAAACAUGCACUUCUUUCAGAGCAGGAAGCUCUGUAUGGAGAAGAAAUGUUCAUUUGGAAAAUAAAAAGUAAUGGUAAUAUAUCCUGUCGGGGAAAUUUAAAAGCUACUGCUUUCUUCCUGAUUAUAUGUGUUGUAGUUUUUCUUGUGAUAAUGUUCUUGAUGUUUGAAAGAACAGAAAAAACAGCAGGUAUGUCCCACUGCACUGAAGUCUGGUUAGUUCUGCCAGC